GGCGAGAGGGAGGGUUGGGGCAGAGUUUCGGAGCACGUUCAGUUGACAGGCGUCGCCGUUGCUAUUCGAUUCCGAUAACAACACAAGCACGGAAAACACGGAGCUGUCGCGAGAUACGCGCCUUAAACUGGAUUAAGCCGAGAAAAGCCGUAUUGGACGGACCGAGCUCAAGGCGGAUGAGCGCAGCCCGCGGGAGGGCAAGUGUGUUUCUGCGGCGGGGUCCAGUCAGCGAAAGAUGAACAAAAACCACCGAGUGCCGAGCAACCGAACUCUGAACGCCGUGGAGGUGAAGAGCAAGUUUGGAGCAGAAUUCAGGCGGUUCUCUUUGGAACGGUCCAAACCGGGACGCUUUGAUGAGUUCUAUGGCUUGCUGCAGCAUGUGCACCGGAUCCCCAACGUCGAUCUGCUUGUGGGUUACGCCGAUGUCCACGGGGACCUACUGCCAAUCAACAAUGAUGACAACUACCAUAAAGCAAUUACUAUGGCAGCACCCCUGCUGCGUCUCUUCUUGCAGCGCAAAGAGGAGGCAGAUUACUCCGCAUUCGGCACGGACACCAUAACACGUAAGAAGACCCCGGCGGCACUCGCAGCGGUCCUCCUUCGCCCGGACGUCAACAAGAAGAAGCCUCCUGUUAUCAUCAGCCUGCCCAAAGACUUCCGGCCAGUGUCCUCAAUCAUCGACGUGGACAUCCUACCAGAGACACACCGCCGUGUCCGUCUCUACAAGCACGGUCAAGAGAAACCACUGGGCUUCUACAUUCGUGAUGGUUCCAGCGUGCGCGUCACACCCCAAGGCCUGGAAAAGGUCCCGGGCAUCUUCAUCUCCCGCAUGGUCCCCGGAGGCCUGGCGGAGAGCACGGGACUGCUGGCCGUCAACGACGAGGUGCUCGAAGUCAACGGCAUCGAGGUGAGCGGGAAGUCUUUGGACCAAGUAACGGACAUGAUGAUCGCGAACAGCCACAACCUCAUCAUAACCGUCAAACCGGCCAAUCAGCGCAAUAACGUGGUGCGCAGCAGCGGAGGCGGCAGCUCGGGACAAUCAUCUGACAGCAGCACCAGUUUCUACAAUUACUCAACUCCUGGUUUGAUGGCGAUGACCCCGUCCCAUAUUAUCCAGAACUAUGAACCGGACGAGGAGAGCGAGGAGGAGGAGGAUCUGGUCAUCGAGGCAGACAGAGGGACUAAACUUAUUCUGCAGACAGGGAUGCGGGCGACAGCCAGCACCAGCAUGCCCGCCCUGCCCAGGUACGAGCCCCACCUCGACCUCCGCCCCUCAAAUGGUACCAUGGCAAGCAGUGCAAGCGCAGGGUCUCUGAAUACCCAUGACAGGGGAUUAGAAAGGCCAAAUCUAGAGGAGGACGGCACAGUCAUUACACUGUAAAAGACACAUAACCAUGCCAAUACACACUCUUGUGUGCCAUAGGACUGAAAAUACAUGUCUUUAUGUUUGGUCCAGGACCAAAAGAGAAGGCCAGUCACCACAGCACCUUACAUGGCUUCUCUAAAACCACAGGACCAGGUGGUUCCUAUCAUCAAACCCAUGGAGAGCAGCUCAGCACCAAAAAUAGCUGCUUCUUGAGUAAUAAUGAACUUCCUGAGUCAGUGUGAUUGAAUGAAUGCAGACGGCACCGUAUGAGUGAUGACAAUCUUUUUAUACUUUGACAGCCGCUCCCUUCAGAGUCACGAGGCUCUAGCGUUAUCAGAGAACAAAGUACAAUAGAUCUCACCCAUCCUCUGCGUUACCAUGGUAACUGAGUCUGAGCUACAGAACUUCAGGAGGAACUGAAAUGUGCUCCUCAUCCUGUCCCGUCUGCAACACUAACACUCUCGGCCUACCGAAUUUUGGGGGGGUUUUAGGGGAAUUAUGAACCUUUGGUGGAGCUCGAGUGAAUGUUUAGGAGAUAUUUCAGUACAGUUAUAGACUGCUGCCUUGGAUAAGAUACAGAUGUCUAUUAUUAUCUCAAAAAUAGAGUUUUUAAUCAUAGCCAAAAAGACAGACGGAUUAAUGUCAUAUUUUUCAUACCGAUAUGUUUUAUUUCUAUUACGUAUAUUUCCUUAUGACAAGGGCUAUCAUCCUGCUCUUUGCAACCUGUGGUUUAUUUUACACCAUUGAUCUUGACUUGAUAACCCUUUCUGGGGAUUGGGAAUAAUAAUCAUUAUCUAUAAUGCUCUGAUGUGAACACAUGGUGGGUUCAUUUAUGAAGAGUGUCUCUACUGUGAUACUUUUCAGUAAGGUUCCUUCUGUUAACAUUAGUUAAAAGGAUAGUUAAGAUCAAAUCAAAUAUCAUUUACUCACACUCAUGUCAUUCUAGACCUGUAUGAUUUUUCUCUCUUCUAUGAAGUGUAAAAGAAGACAUUUCCAUACAUAGAAAGUAAGUGGGGUCUAUAGUUUGUUUAAACCCCAGUGAUUUUCAUUGUAUGGGUAUAUAAUGAAAUAUAUUUAAAGAGAAUGCAGGUUUGGAACAACGUGGUGGUGAUGACAGAAUAAAAUAUUUGGGGGGUGAACUAUACAUUUAAUUUAUUAGGUAUCAUAAUUAACAAUGAAUAAUAUUUGUACAUUAUCCAUGUUAAAGUUAAUUUCUGCAUAUAUUAAUAUUUUUAAUAAUUUAAUAUUGUUUAAAUAAACAUUAGAUAAUGUAUCAUGAACAAUGAACUUGGCUUAAUUAAUAAAAGCUGUAAAAAAAAAGGGUUCAUGAUAAAUAAUGCAUUAUUUAAUGUUAACAAAUUGAACCUUAUGUGAAAGUGUUUCCUCUAACAAAAUAAGUGUUGCUAUCGUAGUAUAGAGAAAACAACCCUUGAUUUAUAGUGAAUCAUUAUGAAUAUUGAAUAACUACCAAAUAUUCAGUAUUCCCCCCCCCCCCAUUUUUUUUUCUUGGCAUGUCAGCGGAGUACAAACCCUUCAGAAAUUAUGUAACAGUUGGAUUAGUUUCAGCAUUAAUAUGGAACAGGCAAGAUUUGUUCACUUGUUUUUUUUUUUUUUUUCAUCUUGCUGAAAUCUGUUGUUCAGUCUUGGCAAAAAUGCAUGCCUGAUCAUGUUGUUAUCUAACUUUCAUACCUUCACAACCAUUCACUCUCUGUGUAUGGUAAAGUGAGGCCUUCCAACUAGAGUCAUAAUAAUAAUAAUAAUAAUUAUUAUUAUUAUUAAAAAUAGUCUCUCAUAUGAAUGGACAAAUGAACAAAUGUUAAGCUCUUACUUUCAAAGCAUUCCUUUAAAUUCAUAUGACUAGAUACAUUUCUCCCCAUUUUGUCAUUAUGCAUACAUAUCAUAAUGAUAUGCAUGAUGUCACAGCUGUAAUCAUACGAACUUCUGAGAUCUCAAAGUACGUGUCGGUGGAUACACUGGAAGAGACUGACUGGAGACAGAUGUGCCUAUGCUCUUACAGUUAGGACCUGCUGUUGGAGAUUUAGCCGAAGUAGCCUUUCAUUAUCUCCCCUAUUUCUCACUUUAUAAUUGCUGAUGAGAAGUCUAAACACCGGGCAUCUGUGAGCAGGGCAGAUGUCUGUUCUGUUCCUCUACCCACCACACAGAGCUUUUCAAGGCACUUACAUUACCAAAACCUGUUUGGAGUAGCACACGAACUGUAGCUGUGAUCAUAAACACUUCAUCCAGAUCAUUCAUUCUUAUGGUACAAACGACAUAUUGAAUGGAGUCUUUAGCUGUGUUAAAUUAUUUUCAUAUUAACCACUACAUAUGAUUUGGGAUUGUAACCACAGAACAUUUAUUUAUUUUUAAAAUAGCCUAUGUAUUUUUACUCGGUUUGUUUUAGCUCGCUUCAAAACCUCAUAAUUUUGAACCUUUUUUUUUUAUCUCCACAAAAUAGUGUUUUAAUUUUUUUUUCACUAGCAUCUUUGAUGGAACCUAAUGCUCAGAUCUUUAGUAGGAAUAGAAAUAUGAAGAAUAACUUGGUAUUUUCCAAACUGUGAAUGUCUUUGCAUUUCUAAAGGAGACCUUGUAUCUAUGAGCACCUGCUUUUAGAGACAUAGAUAUGAGCUUUUAAGGAUUAUCAUUCAUGCAACAAUUUCUCUUUUUGAUAAUGAGCUUGCCAGAUAAAUGUUAUGGUAUAGAUUUGUACUGAAAUUGUCAGUAUUUUCUUAGCACUAUGAUGUAAAUUUGUUUCACUUUUAAAAGGAUAAAUACUAUAUAAAGACAUAGCUGCACAUGUAUUAUAGUCAAAUCUUCAAUGAAAUAAACUAAUAUGUAGAAAAUCA